AGUCCGCCUUUUUGGUUCAAAAGAUUGGCUGUGUUCGGCGUUGAGGUGGCUGCCUAGCUGCGAAUCAUCGAGCGAAUGUUCCCCGUCGACAACACGACGAUUCCCAUCGACGUUUGGACGGAACCCAACCAACAGACAAAGAAGAAAAAAACAAAAAAUACGCCUCCGUCUUCCCGGCCGAGAGCUCGUGCACAAAACAUCAACACAGUCUGACGGGCCGAAACGCGUCACUUCCAGUUUUGCAGCUGACCAUGCAAGUUCUCGUGUGGGGUGUCUGCUUGCUACUCCUCGGCCUGACCUCGGCCUCUUCCCGGAUCCGCGUGCCACCCCACGAUCAGGUUGCCCGGGUCGCACGUUUCGUUGCCCAUCAGUGCGACUGGGCCUCCAUGGCCACUAUUAGCAGCCACAAGCCGGUGGUGGGGCAACCUUUCUCCAACGUGUUCUCGAUGAGUGACGGGCCACCGGGCUCGGGCUCCGGCGUGCCAUACAUGUACUUGACCCGCAUGGAGAUCUCUGUACAGGACCUGGAGGUGAACCAACAAGCGUCCUUGUCCAUGUCUCUGGCUCAGACUGACUACUGCCGCCAGCAGGGCUUCGACCCUCAGAGUCCUUUGUGCGCUCACAUCAUCUUAUCCGGAUCUGUGCUGGAGGUGAAUGGCACAGAAGCCCAGUUUGCAAAGAAAGCCCUCUUCAGCCGACACCCUGAGAUGGUCGACUGGCCCUCAGACCACAACUGGUUCUUUGCCAAGUUCAAUAUCACACAGGUGUGGGUGCUUGAUUAUUUCGGUGGAGUGAAGACAGUCAGUCCAGAUGAAUACUUCCAAGCCUCCGUAAAUGAUGUGCAUAAGUGAUGUCAUGGGUGUUUAGUGUGUUGUUGUUUGCAGUGAAUCAUAUUGGGUAUUUCUUCCAGUGAAUGAGAUUUAACUGAUCUGCUGUCAUUUGCAAGUGCCAUAAGUUUAGAUUGGGUGAAAUACAUUUAAAAAUACAAUUAAAUGACACUGGCACUUUGCCAUUAAUUUUUAUUUUAUAUAAUAAAAUCUUGAUUAUAUUUUUGAUAGAACAUUAUAUACAUUAUAUUGUUUCUUAAUAAAGUUUGUGGAAUGUAA